AUGAAAAACAUUGUUAAUUUUUUAAUUAAAAUAUUAUAUAAAUCUGAUGAAUUCUGCUAAAUUUUUAAUUAAAUAAAAUACAUUAAUUUCCUAUAAGGAAAAAAAGAGAAAAUUUAGAGUUUAAAAAGGUUUAUUACUAUAGAAAAUAAAUCAAUAAAUUAACAAAAGCAAAAAAACUAAAACAUUAUGGGUAUACCACUAUCAACUAUAUUUGAAUCAUGGUUCUCAAAGAAAGAAAUGAGAAUAUUAAUGGUUGGUUUAGAUGCAGCAGGCAAAACCACUAUAUUAUACAAAUUAAAGUUAGGUGAAGUAGUUAGUUCAGUUCCAACUAUUGGAUUUAAUGUGGAAAAAGUUGAAUAUAAAAAUAUCAGCUUCACUGUUUGGGAUAUUGGAGGUUAAGAUAAAUUAAGAUUAUUAUGGAGACAUUACUUUACUGGAUCGCAAGGCAUUAUUUUUGUUAUUGAUUCGUCUGAUAAAGAAAGAAUUAAUGUAGCUAAAGAAGAAUUAGGAAGAUUAAUGAGUGAUGAUGAAUUAAGAGAUGCUUCACUUUUAAUUUUAGCAAAUAAAUUUGAUAUAUCCUAAGUUACUGUUGAUGAAUUAAUAUCUAAAUUAGAGUUAUAAAGUUUAAGAAGAGAAUGGUAUGUUUAGACUACUUGUGCAAUUACUGGUGAUGGACUUUAUUAAGGAUUAGAUUGGUUAUCAAAAUAAUUUAAAAAAAGAAAAAACUGA